UUUCUCCUCAGGCUCUGCCCUAGACGUCUAGGGAACGUCGCUCUUCUAGGACGUCAUAGCGGAAGUGGGGUGCUGAGGGGUCCUUUCCCCUCCCCCUCUCUCGCUGGCUCCGCCCUCGACGGGAGCGGAGCGAGCCUACUCUCCUGGCUUGGGGGUCAGCGGGGGACGGGGCCGCUGCUGCUACCUCCACCGCGAGCAGCAGCCGGAAACAUGGUGGGCCGGAGUGGCGCGAUCGCUGCCGGCGUGUGUGGGGCCCUCUUCAUCGGCUACUGUAUUUACUUCGACCGCAAGAGACGGAGCGACCCCAACUUCAAGAACAGGCUCCGAGAGCGAAGAAAGAAACAGAAGCUUGCUAAAGAGAGAGCUGGGCUUUCCAAGUUACCUGACCUUAAAGAUGCAGAAGCUGUUCAGAAGUUCUUUCUUGAAGAAAUACAGCUUGGUGAGGAAUUACUAGCCCAAGGUGAAUAUGAAAAGGGUGUUGACCACUUGACAAAUGCCAUUGCUGUGUGUGGGCAGCCACAGCAGUUGUUGCAAGUUUUACAGCAAACUCUUCCAUCACCAGUGUUCCAGAUGCUUCUGACUAAGCUGCCAACAAUUAGCCAGAGAAUUGUGAGUGUACAGAGCUUGGCCGAAGAUGAUGUGGAAUGAGAAACAUGUCAACAUAAUAAAAUCUUAAUAAAAAAUUUUUAAAUAAUUCUUAGCCCAGAAGAUGAGCAGCAUUGGGGGGGAAGGGCAAACAUGCUAGUUAUGGACUAUGUAUUACACUGAAAUCUACCAAAGUUGAUUCUAACUUUGUGUAGGUAGGUUUGCUUGGAUUUUAUUUAUUUAUCUUAGUGAGAAGUGUAUUUUGAUAAAAAAAAUUUCAUUUUAUAAAUACACUAUGAAUAAUCUAAAUAUCAUUAAUUUCAUUUGUUACUAAAAUAUGCAAUUGUUAAGAUACAUAUGACAUGACACUACUACAUGUUAAAAAUACCCAGUGCUCAUUUUUGAAAAAUAAAAGUUAAGGCAAUAAAAAGAAUUCUGCACUCCAUGUUAGAGAGCUAAUGGGUGGAUUUGGUUUAUCCUAGUAAAUUUUUUUAGUAUAAUAGAAAACUGAUAACUUUUUUUUUUUAAUUUACCAAAGCUAACAAGCUGUGAAAGUCCUUGGAUGUGAAGUAUUUCCUAUUCAUAAAGAUAAUCACGGAUACAUUUAGGAGAUAUUUUUGGUGUAUAGAACAACAACCAAAAAAAUCUUUGAGAAUUAUUUUAUUUAAAACAAGCUUACGAGUCCUGAAUAUUUAUCUUGCAAAUCAGAGUUAUUGGAAAGAGAACUAGUAACAGUCAAAGAACUUGUGUUCUAAUUCUGUUCUGCCAGUAAUGUCUGUAAGUGAUAUAAGAAAGUGAUAUAAGACAGACUCCUUUAUCACAGAACCACUAUAAAAAGAGAGAUUUGUAUUAAAUAAUCUGAGGUUUUUUUUUUCAGCUCUAUGAUUAUCUCCUCAUUGUCAAAGCCCCUUGGUUAUGGUGUAUUUUUCAUAUGUUUGUCUUACCAGUCAGAAAUACUAAUUACAUGUUCCAAAAUGGUUUUCUUGGCCUAUUACUAUUACCAUGAUGAGUUUGUCUUUUUAGUUUAAAGGUCAGUAAUGAAGAAAAAUUUUCUGACAGUUGGGCUAUCCAGAAGUAGAGUAGUGGGUUAUCUCAGAAUACUGUGAAUCCCCCAUUAUUGGAGGUCUUUAAAUUAGAGACUGUAUGACCUUUUUGGAAUUCCUUUUCAAGUAUUUGUUGGAUUAGAUGAUUUCUAAGGUGAAAUCUCUUCCAAUCCUGAUACUGUGUCAUUUUAGAGUAAGUUUAACUUUACCCCUUACUUCCUUGCACUGAUCUCCAUGGUCUCCCCUUACUUCCUUGCACUUAUCUUCAUGGUCUUCAUUUCUCCUCUAUACCUUCAAAUCUUUGUUUUAUUUACUUUCCUGAACAUCGAAACACCAGUGUUUGACAUCGUGGAUGAAGGCUUUUUCAGAGAGGGAUUGGGUUGAUCAAGCUUCUUUUCUGUAGGCAAACCAGUUUGAAAACUCUGGUACAUAUUGGGAUGUUCUAGACUGAACAUUCUCUUAGGUUUUUCUGAACUAUAAAUUGGCCCCAAUAAUUUGCUAUGACCUGUCUAAAAAGGUUUUCUUUACAAGUCACAUGUUCUCUUCAGUAGCAUUGGAAUCAUCUUCUGUAAUCCUCUCUAGCUUUAUAAUCUUAAGAAACAAGAACCUUAAAAUGUUGAUUUGGUGACUAAAAGUAGGGGAGAAUGGGGAGGCCAUUGUGCCAAGGGGAAUAAGGCUUUUGUAGAGCUUCUCUAUCUAGCUUGCUGAUCUGAGCAUGUUAAAGAAGUGGUGUGAAUAGGCUGCAGAUAAUUAGGGGAAGAGACCUAAGACCUAAAUAGCAAAGUAUAAGCUUCUUUGGAAGAAAUGAGGCAUCAUAGAAGUAUUAUAGAGUGGAGCAGACCACUUAAACUUUGAAGGGAAAGAAGAAAAAUCUUGGAGAAAUUCUAAGUUCAGAAAAAUUGCCGAUCUAUAGUGGUGAAGUUUCUGUAGCAAGAGUUCCCUACACUGAUGAAAUCAGAGAUCUGGACCAAACGUUACAAACCAUCCAAACACCCAUGGAAGAAGGUGAGAAUGGGAUAAACUUGGAUAUAGGAAAGUAAAAGAUUAUCCAUGUUCUUGUGACAUCAAGGCCCAGUAAAAAUUGGCAUUUGCAUUUGUUAUUUAUGAUCCUAAAAUAUAAAUUAAAUUGGGCCUCUGUUGUAAGUUUUUAGUGAACUGAUAAGGGAAUAUUUUCCUUAUUUCUUGCUUAUUCAUUGAAAGGAUGAAAAGUGAAUUUUUUUUUUUUUUUAGCAAAUUAUAAUUGUAUUAUGGGGGGCAAGUACAAAUUUUAAUGCUGGUUACAUGUGGCAUCAUCAGAAGGCUAAAUAUCUUUUGUGAAAAGUAAUUGAUCUUGAAGGUGGAAAAUGCUGUUCUGAAUUUCUUUUAGAUACCUACCUGUAGGACUGGUCCGUGUGAUUUUUCUAAAGAAUUUUGCCUUUUAUGAAACCCCAGUCCAUUUUGAUAAUGUCAAAGCCUCAUAUGUUCAAGUGAAUUAAAUGUGCCUCUUUCCUAUCCCUCACCAACUCUUUUAAGAAAAGACCAAAUUGUGUAGAGCAUACACUUUAAACUUUUGGAAGUGGAAAGUCAUGAGCUUUCAGAGGUGGACAGGUUUCUUUGUAUGGACAAACGUUUUUGAUUUGUUUCAUAAUUUCAUACUUGGUGUAAAAAACAUCAGGAACAUUUUGGACACGUGUUUAACUGAAGGUAGCAGACUUAAUCUAAAAGAGAAUUUUAGCAGUUACUCAAAUGGAGUAUAAUAUUUUUACCACCAUCAUGCCUGCUUUUGUUACAUUAUUAAUUCCACCAGUGGACAAGGGUGUUGUUCAGAAUAUGAAAUGUUAUAGAAAUUUCAAUAAUGUUGGUUUAUUACAUAAGCAAGCACUAUACAGAACUUUCAAUGAAUUUUUUAAAUGUUGCUUGUGCCUCAAGGUGUUAAAAAGUGAAAUAUUAAAGGGCUUGGAGAAAA